AACCCUUCUUCCUUGCUAUCUUCACACACCCCUCUCAACUUUCAAUAUCACAUUCUUCAUUUCUUUCAAGAAAUUUCCACAGACCGUAGACCUACCUAGCUAGAGCACUUGAAAAUUACAGUAUGGAGAUUGCUCCGACUACGUGCUACGAAAACUUGAAGAGGUACUGGAGGAGGAGAAGGUACCAGAGACUGAAUGGUGACAAGAAGAAGAAGAUGAGGGUCGUAAGGCUCGGUGGUGGACCUAAUGGGAGCACUAGUCCUACUCGGCGGUCUUGGAAGAUCAGAACCGCAGCAAAGCUUAGACUGAUCAAGUUUGUUUCGCCGAUAAAGCUGUUGGCCAAGCUCCACGGUGCUUAUGUUGACAUGAUGGUUCGGACGGCAGGCAACGUUGGCGGCGCUAGGAGGAUUGCAGGAGGAUCAAAGAAGGUGGCAAAAGCGCAAGAUCAGCUUUCGGUGGCGGCUUCCGAGGAAGCUGUUGACACCAGAUUGGUUUUGGAGAUUUACAAGAGACUCGCUGCUUCUCGCCAAUUAGCAGAUGUCUACUGAGAUCUUAAGCAAAUUAAUUACUCAUUGCAUCUUCGACAUUGCAUAUUUGUUUCAGUUUUCUUACUAGAAAACAUGGAGUCACAUAAAUGUACAAGUACUGGUAGAAAUAGAAUGGUAGGAAUUUGAAAAAUUCGAAGCUUCAUGAUUCUAAAUUCUUUUGUAGUGAAAUUGGCUUUGGCUUUCGUUCACAUUAUCUAAAGUGACUGUAACCCUUUCCGUC